AUGCCGCAGGGCGAAAACAAACGAGUCACCCAUUUCGACAUCCCUCGAGAUAAGAGUCUUGAUGACCAGCAUUUGCCUACGGGUACAAAGGGAAUCCAUUUGGACCAGAAUCGCAUUCGACUAGAACGCGAACUGAAACGGGACAACGGCCCAUCAACAUUAUCCAGAAAACGAAAAGAAACCUCAAACGAUGACACCUUUACAGGUAUCGUAAAGGCCCAUAAAAAGACUGGAAUAAGUACUCGGACCGAAUCACCUUGGAUCUACUUCAAGAAACUCUACAAGUGCGAUCUUGCCGGAGAAAUGACGGUCGUAGUAGAUAAGUCCAAGCCGGGAGAACUUUAUUUUCUCACAAGCUUCUCUGUGAAUAAAUUAGAUAAGCUGAGUGAGCUUCUCCACCGCCUUAUUUUCACUCAACACGAGAAUAUUGCCUCGGCGAUGACAUGCUUUGUUACAAAAGAUGGAUCAUCAACGAUUGCUGAUUUUUAUCCCUUGACACUUGGGAAUAUUGUGGCUUGUCAACAUUAUCCUGAUGAGGAGCAGCUGAGUGCGAUCUUGGCUCAAGUUUUAAGUGGUCUUUCAUUCAUUAUCUCUCGGGGUUUACAUCAUAACUCCCUGGAAAGCUCCAGUAUCUUAAUGGACACAAAUAGAAAUCUCAAGAUUGGUAAGAAUCAGGUUCAGAAAAUCUCUUUCUACCACUCUAACAAGGGCUUUAGGCCGGCUCGACGAAUGCGUUUCUCGAUCAAAGGGCCAGUCUCAAAGGGCGGAUAUAAAAUCUGUGGGGAACAUAGUAAUGACGACGGCAAAGUUGGCAUCGACAACUUGGACCGCUGGCCGUCUGAUUCACUUCCAGUUUCUUUCCUCUCGGUGACAACUUCUGCCGACUCGAUAAAAACUCUCAUGAAGGUGUGUCUAUCCGAAAGCUUUUUCUCAAAAGAAUCCCCGCUCACUCUUGAGUCUUGA